AUGUCUAGUCCAUCUCAUGCAAGUGAUUUUCAUCCAAUUUAUGAUGAAGACCAUGACUUAUCGGUGGCCACACCGGACGAUCCUGUUCGAUUGAUUGAGAGAAGAAACAUAUUAAGUUUGUCUAAACUAAGUAUUAAAUCACUUAUUGAUGCUUCCCUAAGGAUAGGCAGACACCUGGAGAACCCUGAUUUUCCACCGCUACUUGAGUUAUUUGUAGCGUUGGAAUUACUUUUGCGACACGGCUUGAAAGGUAAACGAAUGAUUCUUGGUCGUCGUAAGGAACCUUGGGAUAUAAUCGAGGCCUACUGUAAGAUUGCUUGUGAUGAAGAACUAAAUCAAAGCAUUCGUAGUUGUAGAAGCCUACCAAGUGUUAGAUCGAAUGUAGGUCGAUGGCGAGCUUGGCUUAGAAUUGCUUUAAUGCAGAAAAAAUUAUCAACUUACUUCUUAAAAAUUAUCAAUUGUAGAGAUAAUUUCUUAAGCGAAUUUUAUGAAAGCUAUGCGACCCUGAUGCAUGAAGAAAGUUCUGUCAUUGCUGGCUUAUUGAUUGGCCUGAACGUAAUUGAUAUUAAUAUCCCAAUGAAAGGCAUUAACUUAGACACACAGCCCUUAGUUAUUAAUUUAUCCAUGUAUUUCAAAGAUGAAAAUGCUGUAGGAUAUGAAGGUAGUGAAGAUAAUAACAGAUCAACUAUCACAACGCUUACGAAGAAACUAGAUUCUUCAAAUCAGUUAACAACGCAAAUGAGCAACAAUUUAACCAUAGCUUUAGCAAAGGGCCAAUGUGAGAAAGAACAAAAUGAAAAAUUGAAGAAUAUAAUAUCAAAUCUCAACAAAGAUUUCCAGCAGGCUUCUAUGUCUUCUCUAAAAGCAGCAUGGCAAAGUAUCCAUGAAAAAGAUGACACAAUAAGCGCUUUGAGACAACAGCUCGGUGAUGUUAAGCAACUGCUAAUUGAAUGGCAGAGCAAGGAUACCAAUUCCUCGAGCAAGUCCAAUCUAGAUCUGAUUGACACACUGCAAAGGAGAUGUGAUGAAAAAGAUGAAGUUCUUAAUAGCAAAGAAGCGAAUGGUAUUGAAUUAGAAAAACACACAAAAGCCUCGGAGCAACUAAAAUUUCGUCUACAACUGAUGGAAGAACAAUGCUCAAGCUUGCAAUCAGAACUAACUCAGCAGUUGCAGGAGAGAAAUGAUAUUCAGGCAACCCUUGCCGAUUUGCAGAAAGAAAACGAAAUUCUGCGUGACAGUCAACGGAAACUAAACAAAGAUAAAUCUAAAAUGAAUGAACUAGAACAAAAAUGUAAGGAAUUACAAAAGAAUUACGAAGAGCGUGAGCUCGCCCUAAUAGAAAUGGGAGAACAUUUAAGCAAAGCACACUUAAAAGCCUCAGACUAUAAAGAAGUAUCAAAAGCAUUUUCGGAAAGCGUCUGGAUUGACGAUAAAGCAAUCUCUGAUUGUCAGCAAUGUAAAAAAUCCUUUAGUGUUUCAAGGAGAAAGAUGUAUCUUCAAUCACAGCACCAUUGCCGUCACUGUGGUGGAGUUUUUUGUGGAAAUUGUUCUGAUAAUAAUAUGCCGCUACCAUCGUCUGCGAAGCCAGUUCGCGUAUGCGACGCCUGUUACACGUUUUUACUGACGCGAUAUAAUGCCUCAGCAAAACGAGAAUAA